GGCGAGCGGAAGGUGCUGGUUUAUCGGGUGUGAUUACGAGUACAAGGAAUGGACUGAACCAUGGGUCAGUGAAAGUGGCCCGUAUUAUACACACCGCUGAACAUUUAUUUUAUUUGUCAAAGUGUCACACAGCGCGAGCGAGGUGUUUGAGUGAUUAGACUGGUCACGUGAAUCUGCGCCUUUCAGAAUGUCCAACAGCGGUUUCGCUUCACAGAACGGCGCUGGAGGGACUUACACGAACGGUCCAUCACCGAAUCCCGUUGCGUUUUACCCCUCCAAUCAGGGCUAUGUACCACCAACUCAGGCAGCCUACAUGAACAGCAUGCUGGCAAAGGCUCCAACACCACCAGGGCUGAACACCAGUCACCACCAGCCUUCACCUGUCGGCAUGACCCAGCACUCCCCACAGCCUGUGCCCCUGCAUGUGUCCCCGAAUCACAGAACUGCACAGGCACCUGCCUCACAGAGCUCGCCCAGCCCACUGCUGUCCAAUAGCUACUAUCAGCACCCUCAGCAGCCCCCAAGCUGGCAGUACGGGGGUACACCGCCUCCUGUAGCCAAUCACGUGAGCUCCUCUCUGAGCACGGCACCUCAGCAGCCCUCAUACAGCAGUGGAAAAAGCACACCUCCUGUCUUCCAGAACACUAUGCAGCCCGUCGGAUCAGUGCCGCCCUAUUCCUCUUUGAGCAACCCAGCUGUAUCUGCACCACCUGCCCUGAAUGUUGUGGCACCACAGACCCAUCAUCAAUAUGGCCUUCCACCCACAGUUGGACCAGCAGCUAUGAGAGGAACCCCACCUCCCCCCGGCCCACCAACUGCUGCUGUACCACCACCGCCACUCGCCACCCACAAUGACGCAGGAUCAUAUUCUACUCCACCAGGACAGAUAAACAGACCAGUGGGCACUGCUUACCCCUCGAUACAGCCCAAUCUUUACCAGAGCAUGCCGGGCAUGCAGACGUCACCACAUAUGCACCCUACACCACAGCAGUCCAGUGCAGUACCACAGCCAUACCAGCAGCCAUCCUACAGCACAGCUCAGCAGCUCAGCCCGUCUUUAGCUGGAUUAAGCCUGCAGUCAGAGACCCCAGAGGCCCUGAGGGUGGUCAACCUUCUUCAGGAGCGAAAUCUUCUUCCUUCAGGAACGGUCACAGCGCCGACGCCCUGCCUGCCUCAAGACCUGCAGAAACUAAACUGUAGUCCAGAGGUUUUCCGAUGUACUUUAACCAGCAUCCCUCAAACACAAUCUCUGCUGAACAAAGCCAAGCUUCCCCUCGGCCUUCUCUUGCACCCGUUUAAAGAUCUUUCUCAACUUCCUGUGGUGACGUCCAGUAAUAUUGUGCGCUGUCGCUCUUGUCGGACAUACAUCAACCCAUUUGUUUCCUUCAUGGACCAGAGAAAAUGGAAAUGUAAUCUGUGUUACAGAGUUAAUGAUGUUCCAGAAGAGUUUAUGUAUAAUCCUGUCAGCAGAUCGUAUGGAUCGCCUCACAAAAGACCAGAGGUUCAGAAUGCAACCAUCGAGUUCAUCGCCCCAUCAGAAUACAUGCUAAGACCACCACAACCUGCUGUAUACCUGUUCGUCCUCGACGUGUCUCACAAUGCAGUUGAGACUGGAUAUCUUGAUGUGGUCUGCAAGUCACUUCUAGACAACAUUGACACGCUACCUGGAGACACUAGGACAAAAAUUGGUUUCAUCACGUUUGACAGCACUGUACAUUUCUACAACCUUCAGGAGGGACUUUCUCAGCCUCAGAUGCUCAUUGUUUCAGACAUUGAAGAUGUGUUUAUACCGUUAUCUGACACCCUGUUAAUCAAUCUGAAAGAGGGCAAGGAGCUGGUCCAGGAUCUGUUGAAGAGUUUGCCACAGAUGUUCAGUAAGACGAUGGAGACUCAGUCUGCUCUGGGCCCAGCACUGCAGGCUGCAUUUAAAUUACUGUCGCCCACUGGCGGGCGAAUGUCUGUCUUCCAGACUCAACUCCCUACUCUGGGCGCCGGGGCUCUCAAGCCGAGAGAAGAACCCAGUCAGAAAACGUCAGCUAAGGACAUUCAGCAUCUCGCUCCUGCUACAGAUUUCUAUAAGAAACUGGCUCUGGACUGUUCUGGUCAGCAGGUGGCUGUGGAUCUGUUCCUGCUAAGUGCACAAUACUGUGAUCUUGCAUCUCUCGGUUGUAUAUCCAGAUACUCAGCUGGCAGUGUUUAUUACUACCCAUCUUAUCACAACCAGCACAACCCAUCUCAGACAGAACGCUUUCAGAAAGAUCUCAAGAGAUAUUUGACGAGGAAAGUCGGCUUUGAGGCUGUUAUGAGGAUACGCUGCACAAAAGGCCUGUCCAUACACACUUUCCACGGUAACUUCUUUGUCCGUUCGACGGAUCUGUUGUCUUUGCCCAAUGUGAAUCCCGAUGCUGGUUUUGCCGUGCAGAUGUCCAUUGACGAGAACCUGCUGGACACGCAGGUGGUUUCGUUUCAAGCCGCUCUGCUCUACACAUCCAGCAAAGGGGAGAGGAGGAUUCGAGUGCACACAUUGUGUUUGCCUGUGGUCAACUCUCUGUCUGACAUAUUUGCUGGGGCUGAUGUUCAGGCCGUCACUUGUCUUCUGGCUAGCAUGGCCGUGGACCGCUCUGUGUCAGCCAGCCUCAGUGAUGCUCGAGACGCUUUGACAAACGCAGCCAUCGAUUCAUUGACGUCUUACCGCACAUCAGUGCUGACGAUCCAGCAGCCUGGUCUGCUGGCACCCGCUUGUCUGCGUCUGUUCCCCCUCUACGUCCUGGCCCUGCUGAAACAUAAAGCCUUUCGAACGGGAAAUAGCACCCGGUUGGAUGACCGUGUGUUUGCCAUGUGUCAGCUGAAGUAUCAACCACUGGAGUAUCUCAUGCUCAUGGUACAUCCAGCCCUGUACCGAGUGGAUAAUCUGACAGAUGAGGGGGCGCUGAAUGUCAACGAUCGUACCAUCCCUCAGCCCAGAGUGCUUCAGCUUUCUGUGGAGAAACUGAGCAGGGAAGCAGCGUUUUUGAUGGAUAGUGGCACAGUGAUGUAUCUAUGGAUUGGAAGAAAUUGCAGCCCAGAUUUUAUCACACAAGUCCUGGGAGUCCAGAGUUAUGCUGCUAUUCCUCAGAGCAUGAAUCAGCUUCCAGAGUUGGACACAACAGAAUCAUCCAAAAUCAGAGCCUUCAUUGAUUGGCUAAGAGAACGACGGCCGUUCUACCCCACUUUGCACAUCAUCAGAGAUGAGAGUCAACUGAAGUCUGAUUUUAUGCAGAACAUGAUUGAGGAUCGCACCGAAUCUGCGCUCUCUUACUACGAGUUCCUCCUGCAUCUACAGCAGCAAGUGUCCAAGUGAACAGACACCGAACCACAGCAGUAUUGAGCAAAAACAAUCACACUUAAACACAGCGAUGACGUUUCCUUACUGACCUGACCGCUCUGUGUUUCUGUCUCUUUAAGAAAGGGUAAUGGAUGAAAUGAAAUAUGACUCCAGCGGUUCACUGCUUGUCCAAAGUUCAGAUUUUUGAGAAUCAGAUAAUCGCAUUUUAAUGUGAAACUGACCGCACCGCUUAGCCAUUGCGUCACACUUCUAACAAUAAAGUAUCAUUUGUAUCACACUAAAAGUUUUGUGCGGAAGUGUUGCUUGUUUUUCAGGAUUACGUGGACACAAAAACAACUCCUGAUGCAGUCAUGUUGUAUUCAAAGAUGGGUUUUAAUUAUAUUCAUUAUUAUCAUUGUGUUAGAUGAAUCUGUAUGCACAGAUCUUUGAUCUAAUCAUUUAUAAUUUAUUGCCUUUUAAUAAAGAAAAAACCUAAAACGUAGGAAAUGCAAUUUCUAACAGUUCAGUGCAAUUCUGAAUUCAUUCACACAUUUGUAUGUGUUCAAAUUUAAAGCCUGUCUGUUUUCUUGUAAUUAUUGUUUUAAUUUAUGAGAAUGGCAGUUCAGUUCAAUUCAUUAUUUGCCUUAACUGGGAGUUUAUUUUGUUGGAAAACACUUUGUAAGUAUGUAAUAUUUUAAUAGGACAUGGGAGAAUUCAGACACUUAACAUUGUGAUCUUUAAACAUGAUAUAUACAAACGUAUAUUGAUAAACUUACAUUAUACUUGAUUUUAGUACAAGCAUUAUUUAGAUCAUGUUAUAUAUAAAAAAUAAACUGGUUGGGACUUUUAAA